AUGGGCGAGGCGGACCUCAAGAAGUUGGAAAAACAGGCUGUGAGGAGGCUGGAUUUUGCCAUCCUGCCCAUGAUGACGAUGUUCUAUCUUCUUUCCUUCUUGGACCGUGCAAACAUUGGAAACGCUCGUGUUGCCGGGCUACAGAAGGAUCUAGGCAUGUCUGAUCGGCAAUAUCAAGUAUGCGUUACGAUUCUCUAUGUGCCUUACAUCUGCGCCGAACUCCCUUCGAAUCUUCUGCUACGAAAGAUUGGUCCCCGCUACCUCAUGCCAUCUCUGCUCACGCUCUGGGGUCUUAUGGUCGCUUUGCAAGGUCUCGUAACAUCCUACUCUGGUUUAGUCGUUGUCAGAGCGUUCCUGGGUCUUGUCGAGGGUCCGAUGUUUCCUGGUAUAGUACUCUACCUGUCCUCAUUCUACACUCGAUCCGAGUUGGCAUUUCGUGUGGCCGUUUUCUUUUCAUCGGCGUCGCUGUCUGGCGCGUUCUCCGGGUUACUUGCCGCUGCAAUUAUCCACAUGGACGGAAUCAGUGGUAAACCCGGAUGGGCAUGGAUCUUCAUUCUGGAAGGGAUAUUCAGCUCCCUGGUAGGGAUCUUGGGAUUUUUCCUCAUCCCUUCAACUCCGCAAGAGCUCAAAUUCAUUACACCACAACUGAAAGAAGUACUUAUCCGACGAUUGGAGAAAGAUAAACCUUCCUCUAUGAGCGAUGAAGAUCACUUCUCGUUCAAGGAGGUUUUUCGUUCGCUUAAAUCUCCUCACGUCUUACUUGUGUUUGCGAUCUUCUAUAUGGAGGGCACAGUGCUCUACGGCCAAGCCCUUUUCCUUCCCUCCAUCGUGAAUCAACUUGGAUUCAGCGCGAACAAGACACAGCUGCUCAGUGUAGGGCCUUUCGCUGGAGGAUUCAUUGUCACCCUAACGGCUUCUCUCUUUUCGGACCGCAUAAAAUCUCGCGCAAUACCGACCGUAUUGAUAUCUAUUCUGGGUGUUAUCGGAUUUUCCAUCUACCUUACUUCGGAGGAAAAGUACAUCCGAUAUGGCUCUCUAUUCUUCACCGUUCCCGGGGUUUAUGCAGCCGUCCCACCCGUUUCUGCAUGGAUGGCUAAUAACUCUGAGCCACAUUAUCGUAGGGCGACAAGCAUUGCCCUUGGUUUCGUUGCAACAAAUGCUGGAGGUAUCACGAGCACAUGGCUAUUCCCUACAAGUGAAGCACCACGAUACAGAAAGACCACAAUAAUCAAUCUAACCUUUACCAUCCUAAUCAUUGUAGGGGCAGGCAUUAAUUCGCUACUCCUAAAUCAUAUGAAUAAACAAAAAGUCAAGAGGAGAGAUGAAAUUCUUGCUCCCUAUAAUAUCGACUCGGACGACGAGAAGGGUACAAAUGCAAGGAGAGCAUGGGUGGAGCUGGGUGAUCGCCAUCCUGAUUUCAAGUACUCGCUGUGA